AUGAACGUACCGGAACUUCCAACAUGGCAAGACUGUCACGAGCUGUGGAGCAAAAAACGAAAACGCCAACUGCGCGAGCAACAAGAAGCCGUUCAGAACCUUCCAACUAGUAAACCCCCAGUGGACAUUGGCGGAUAUGGAGACUUGCUGUUUUCGCGACCCUGUGCCAUUUUUUUAAGAAACUUGAUACGUAAACAGAAUCUAGCUAGCUACAGUACAGCCGUUAUGAGUUCGCGAGCGAUAUUACUGAUCUUUCUGCAACGUAUGGAACUCCUCUUAAAAUUGACACCAGCAACUGACAUUCAGCAACACGUGUUGCCAAUGCUAUACAGAGGAUUAGACUCAGAUACACCGCAGAUACACGAGCUGUGUUUAUCGGUGUUGCCGACAUUUGCUGGACUAUUAGACCACGGCAAUGUGAAAAACAGUGUAUUACCUCGUAUAAAGAAAUUGUGCCUAUCCACGUCGACAUUAUCUGUUCGUGUAAAUUGUUUAUUGUGUAUUGGGCGACUGCUUGAGCAUCUGGACAAGUGGCUUGUCUUAGAUGAAGUUUUACCAUUCCUACCACAAAUUCCCUCCCGUGAACCGGCAGUUAUUAUGGGAAUAUUGGGAAUAUACAAAUUAGCGAUGACUCACAAAAAAUUAGGUAUAACAAAAGAGAUCAUGGCUACCCGUGUUCUUCCUUUUCUUAUUCCAUUAUGCAUCGAAAAUGGGUUGACACUACAACAAUUUAAUGCUUUGGUCGCUUUAGUCACACAGAUGUUUCAACUCGUUGAAUCUGAGCAUCGCACCAAAUUGGAGCAACUCAACACUGUACAAGAACAUCAAAAAAUACUUGAAAAUAGCAUGCCAACGAUUGUUCCUAAAUCUACAGCUUUGGAAACAAUCUUUACUGAUUUUGGCCUUGAUAACAUUCCACCACCGGCACCUAAUAAUCAAAGCAAGUCUGCAUCUGCUCUUACCUUACAAGAAAAGCAGAGAAUUCUGAAUCAACAAGACACCGUUAAAAUUUUACAGAAUCAAACGAAGCUCGAUCCCAUACCAAUUACUACAAAUACAUCCCAAGUGCAACCUGUAAAUUUAACCAACACAUUAUCACCAAUAGCCCCACCGCCAUGGUAUAAUCCUAGCGCAUCAUCACGUACAUCCAACACCUUCACAAGUUCAUCAAAUCAUACUUCCCAAGCUAGUUCAAAUUUUCAAGCAUUUCAAUUAAGUCAUUCAGCAUCCGCAAAUUCUAGCAAUUCACAUAAUGAUCAAUUUGGAUUGUCCAAAAUGAAUAAAGCGCCUACCAUGGCAAGUUUUCCAAGUCAAAAUUUUCAGCCUUCAUUUCAUUCUCCAAAUUUAUACACAACACAAAAUGUUAUGAAGCCUUCAUUCACUUCAAAGAAUACACAAAGUGGUAGUAUAUCAUUAUCGAAAGAUGAAAUAAUGGAUUUUUUGAAAUAAUUUCAAACGCCUAAUGUAAAUCGAGGUAAUUCCAGCCAAUUUAAUCAAUUCCCCUUGAUAACGUUGUAUUUAUGUAAUAUGUGAUACAUUUGUAGCCAUGUGGAAAUAUAUAGGUAGGAUUUGUGCCGUGCUGUGAAAUUUACAUUUUCCAAGUACUAUUUAAGAUUGUAAUUUAUAUAUUGGACGUAAAUUAAAAAAAUAUUUAUUAAUA